UAUCGAGCGGCAUGUGCCUCUCGCAGCCGGCCACCGCUCCGCCCGACGGGUUCACACUUUUUUAUUUACCGUCCGAUCGUACCCACCGCUGUGAUAUUCCCUUUUUCACACAGAAGUCCGCUCGAGCCGCGAUAUUGCAAUCGGAGUGACUCCGCGCCGUUGUCGAGUCACAGAGCUCGUCUCCGCCCUUCGCUCGCGUAGCCUGGUCGAAACCAAAAUGGCAGGACGAAGCAGGCUCAAGGCUCGUGCGCGAGUCUGCCUUUGACCGAGCAGUUUAGUCCGCGGAGGCAUGUGUCUCGUUACAUAAAUGUUACGCAAGUUAAGGAGGUGCCUACGAGAAGGUGCAUCUGUUACACGAACUAGAGACCGAACCCGCCAGUGCAGUGGACUGCCGAGCCCAUGUAACGCCAGCGGGGACGCCCCAAUAUGAGCGGUUACGGCGUGACUGCUGGGGGUAUGUCAGGCGGCGGCGACACCGACACACUGUCGCGGCGGCUGCGCGAGGCGGAGCGCGCGAGGGCGGAUGCGGAGCGCGCGCACGCUGAUGCGCUUGCGCAGCUCCGCAACGCACAACGCUCGCCGCUCGACGCACACAACGUGGAACAACUGCAGUCCAGAGCGAGGGAGUUGGAAAAGAAGGCGGCAUUAGAGACUGUUCGAUGCGAGGAGCUACAGCUUGAACUAUCAGCGGCAAUGCGCGCGCGCGGGGCGUCAUCCGGCGGCGGCUGGUCCUCUGCGCCCGCGCAGCCUGCCUCGGAGAUCGAGCGGAUCAUGGCCAAGAUCGAGCAGGACAACCGUAUCUUGGCCGAGUUGGAGCACACCCGAUCCACUACACAUGGGAUGCAGUCCAGUGGAUCUAACCAGGCAUUGGGCGAGUUCCACUCCCCCAACCCCUCGCCGCUGCCGCAUUCGUACACGAGCACGACCGGCCACGUCGCCAUCUGCCAGAGCAACACUAUGCCGACGCUCUCUUCUCUCCACGCCGCCAGCCAGUUGUCCGCUCCCAACUCCAACUCCGUCGGAUACUCCAUGAGCGCGCACAACCCUACCUCCUUCUCCAAUCCUAUACCCGCUUAUUCCACUAACACCUAUUUGGCUAACCCCCACCAAGUCACAUUCACAAACCCAGUAACUGCUCCUAUGGUCAACAAUAUCGGCCAAAUUUCGAGCACCUUGGCAGGAUUGCAAAGUAAUCUACAGAACAUUACUGGAAAUAUGUCUGCUAUGAGCUUAGGUAGCGCUUUGACUGGUCCGACGCUGACGGGAACAAUAGCGGGUAGCGGCCUCACCAGCUGUCUGAAUAAUGUACAAACUAGUUUGUCUGGAGGACUGACGAGUACUCUAGGUGGUAUACAAUCAUCAUUAACUGGAUUGACGAAUCCUCUCGGGAACCUCACAGGCGGAACCCAACUCAGUGCGUUAAAUACGAGCUUGACUGGAACUAACGUAUAUGGCACAACUGGUACUUACACUAAUCCGCUGCUUUCAAGUGGACUAGGUACCAACACUAUGAAUAUUAAAUUAAAACCUUUAGAUGAAAUUGACCUUGGAUUGGGUAGAUUUGGCACAACUACCACUGGAACAGGAAGAGUGGCAACGCCUGUAACGCCACAUCAAGCAGGCUGGAACUUAGGAUUAGAUAGCCAAUACGGACCUGACAGAUUAGGUGGCAUAGAUACUGGCUUUAGUCAUGACCGAAACCAAAGAGCUUUAUCGAGAAUUAUGCCCAAUUCUGGAUUAGAUAUGGAUGUUCGAAAUACGCAUUAUAUGAAUGGCGGUGCCCCGACUGAAGGUCAAGUUGACAUGUUAGAUAUCCCCGGCAAAGGUCGCUGUUGUGUUUACAUUGCACGGUUUUCCUAUGAUCCACCUGAAAUUGAAAGUGCUGAAGGAGAGCUAUCCAUAUGUACCGGAGAUUAUUUGUUAGUUUGGGGUCCGCCAGACCCUAACGCUUCGAUGCUUGAUGCGGAGCUAUUGGAUGGUCGGAGGGGCCUGGUACCGGCCAAUUUUGUACAACGACUAGUUGGAGAUGAUCUUUUAGAGUUUCAUCAGGCAGUAGUAGCGACCCUUCGAGAUGUGGAUGAGUCUGCGACGACGGCGGUCAGUGACCUCUCACUGAGUCGCGACGUGGCACGUCUCAGUGAAGUGGCCGAUAUCAGUGAAGGGCCUGAAGAUGACGACAAUGCCGAGCUGUUUUUCUCGUCGCUAGUGCCUGCGCCGCGGCAGCUCACGCUGGAGAGGCAGCUGAACAAGUCGGUGCUGAUUGGCUGGACGGCGCCCGAGGGAGUCCAGCAGGCAAACAUCGAGAGCUACCACGUCUACGUCGACGGCGUCCUCAAAACCACCGUCAAGGCGUCAGAGCGCACUCGCGCUCUCGUUGAAGGAGUAGACUCUAACAGGCCGCAUCGCAUCAGUGUCCGUUCGGUGACGGUAACGAGACGUACGUCAAGAGAUGCUGCGUGUACUAUGGUGAUUGGGCGAGACACUGCAAACAUGGGACCGACUUGUGUUAGAGCCAGUGGAGUCACGUGUUCUCAGGCCAUAAUAUCUUGGCUGCCUGCCAAUUCAAAUCAUCAACACGUCGUCUGCGUUAACAAUGUUGAAGUCCGAACAGUCAAACCUGGAGUAUAUCGUCAUACUAUAACAGGUUUAUCACCUAGUACUCAGUAUCGAGUGACGGUAAGAGCAAAGCACUUAAGAGCUGGACCUCCAUCGGGAAUACCCAUCGAGGAAGCCCCCGGGGCGUAUACUGACUUCAGAACCCUACCCAAAGGCCUGCCUGAUCCACCAAACGAGAUUAUGGUGGAAGCGGGGCCUCAGGACGGCACGCUGCUGGUCACGUGGCAGCCAGUGGCCCGGCCCCCGGCUUCGGGUCCGGUCACCGGAUACGCGGUAUACGCUGACGGCAAGAAGGUCACCGAUGUAGACUCGCCCACCGGCGACCACGCUCUCAUCGACAUUGGCAAACUGAUCGGCCUCAAUCCCAAAUGUGUCACAGUUCGUACAAAAUCCCGAGAUAGUCAGUCUAGUGAUAGUGCACCCACGCCUAUCCCGCCUGCGGUGCUGCGGGGUGUGGCAUCAAGAAUGCCUCGAGGUCCACACCCUCCCAAUCAACCAGUACCCCCUGGCUACAGAAUGCCCCAGCGACCACAACCUUAUCAACACCAACAACAAGUCAUAGAACAUGAUGAGAAUUUGUCCGAUAAGGAGAUUUUCCCUACUGGCAAUCGUCACGACCAACAUGCAGCUCAGCCUACGAGUGGAUUCGGCACAGGCCUCCUAAAGAGCAUAUUCGACAAAAUAACCCCUUCGCAAUCGGGAAUACCAGCCAUCGAAAUCACUAAAGAGGGCGCUGCGGAGCUGGGUAGCGAGGAUGAGGAGGCGUCGCGUCGCCGCACGCAGCAGCAACCGUCCCAACCAGCGCAAGCGUCGCAGCAGCCAUCGGGGGCGCAGUACCAGAGUACACAAGCCUACCAUGGCACGCAGCAACCCCCCUAUCAACAAGCCGGCCAGUUCCCAAGUAACCAGCAGACCCCGUACUCCGGCCAGCCGCAGCCGUACCAAAACCCACCACCAAGAAACCAUCAUGAAAGAGGCCGCCCUCCCAACCCGCACCAGCAACAACAAGGACAGCAGGCCGGCAUGCAAUACGGGCCACGAGGAGUGCCCCCCGCCGGGCCCCGGGGGCCCCAACCAGCGCAGAUGCGGCAUCAUCAGCCGCAAGGUCUCCAGCAAUCCAAGAGGAGUCGCUACUUCAUCGCAUUGUUCGACUACGACCCUGCCACCAUGAGCCCCAACCCAGAGAGCUGUGACGAAGAGUUGCCCUUCAGCGAAGGUGAUACCAUCAAGGUGUGGGGCGACAAAGAUGCCGACGGCUUCUAUUGGGGCGAGUGCCGCGGGCGGCGGGGCUACGUGCCCCACAACAUGGUGGCAGAGCUGUCCGAGCAAGAAGCUGCCCAGGCUGCCCCCAAGCCCAGGGACCGCUGGACAGACGCGUACGCCACCCAGCCCGUCAGACGGAUGGUCGCGCUCUACGAUUACGACCCUCAGGAACUCAGCCCUAACGUCGAUGCUGAUGCAGAGCUAAGUUUCCAGACGGGUCAGAUAAUCCACGUGUACGGCGAGAUGGAUGACGACGGCUUCUACAUGGCGGAGAUCGAUGGCGUCAGGGGGUUGGUGCCCAGCAACUUCCUCACGGACGCCAACGACCAGUACGCGGUGCCCGGACAGACUAGCCAAGGCGGCGCGGGUGGGGUGCGGGGUGUGGGAGCCGCGGGCGGUGUGGGGCCUGGAGCAGUGGGAGGGGCAGGCGCGGGGCGCGGGCGGGGCGCCGCCAGCGCACCGGGUCCCGGGGCGCGGGGCCCUCCGCCUCCGCCGAGGGACAACGUCGCGCCCGCGCCCCGUAACCACCACCGGAAGGCAGAUGCCUGCCCUCUUCCCCCUUCUCAGUUAGACCACAACACAUGCGCCAGUAAUCCAGAACAGGCGAAUUCUCAGGCGAGAGCGAGAGGCGUGGGGAACGUGCAGGCAACGAGCACGAUCGCGCGCACGAGCGCUGGUAACGCGGGCACCCCCACCGUGCAGUCGCCGGGCACGGGGGGCGGAGCGGGGAACGUGGGGGGAAUGGCCAACAUCAACAUGGGCGGCAUGAGCAACAUGAACAGCAUGGGAGCCAUGAACAAUAUGGGCGGCAUGGGCAACUUAGGAGGCACAGGGUCAGCGGGAACUCCCAUGGGCAGCGCUGGCAGCGGCGGGGUGGUGGCAGGGGUGGGCGGUCAGGUCACUGGCGCCACAUCCAACGUCUCCCCGGCGCGCCGCGCUGGCCCUGCGGUCGUCCCCGCUCCCACCGCACAACCCUUGCCUCCCGCUCAGGUACCACCUACAUCCCAGCCCAACCUCAUGCAGAAGUUCUCCGAAAUGACCGCCCCCGGCGGCGAUAUCCUCAGCAAAGGCAAGGAACUCAUCUUUAUGAAGUUCGGACUAGGCGGCAAAUAAUGUCGGAGUGGGCUCGUAGCCCCCUGCGCCAUGGCCCUCAAUAUAAUGAGGUUCCGCGCGUGAGUUUCCCUCACUCCGUUAGAACCUCCGAAGAGUCAAGUUCCGAAGAAACGGGCUCAGUAGAAUCGUACGCCUUAAUAGACUCCAACACCAAUAUAUUUGAAGGUGCGAUUUGGAGACGUGUUGCGUUAAUGUUGCGGUUGCGUUGGGUGAAUCGCCACGAUUGGACUUGGAUGUGGGUUCCCGUCAUGGUGCGCGUGGAAAUUUUCUACUUUAACGGUUCAUGGCCGGCUACGGAAUGAGAGUACUUACUUUAUAGAAAAUUUUGUAAAUAAAAAUUCAAUAAACGCACAGUCUAGUGAAUAUUCAAAUAUUAGUGCUGUCUCGAUAGUACCCACGGUUGAAGUUUAAACACCUGAAGUUAGUUGUGUACCUAUAUGAUGUUUUCUAAUUCUUGGACUACCUAUAAUCCUUCUGUUAGAUUAGAAUAUAUUUAUGAGUGAAUUGUUUAUACAUAUUUGAAUUAUUUCGUAUGUAGGUAAGAAAAUGAUAUACUUAACAGUUAUUGUCUAGAUACUACACAAUCCAAGAGGAAUAGAAUUGUUGUGAUUUUCUACUUUCUCGAUCGCUAGCUAUGAAAUGAAAAACGUAUAUUUAAAUGUUGCAACAGAAAUGUUUCAUUAAUUUACAGUCUGAAUAUUUAGAUAAUAUUUCGAAAAUUAUUUACUCGUGUUCUCUAUGACGGAUUUUUUUCUCUCUAUGACACUGUGUCCCAUUGUUACCGUCCUACCGACCAAUAAUAAAUUAUUUUAAUCUCCGCUUUUUUUUUCGAUAACUGAUAAUUUGAAAAUAAAAUGUGUUCAAUAAUUAAAACAUAAUAACUGUAACAUGUCAUCAAUGUAUGUAACCGCAACUAUCAAUCAUAUUUAAAAAAUCAAAUAAAGUGUAAGUGAUUCUUCAAAUUUCCUACUAAUAAUAUCAAAACGAGAUACAAUUUAGUAUGUCGAUAUGAUUACUGAAUGAGCAUGUGGUAAUUUACGGAGUUGGGUGCCUACUGGGAUUUGUCAGUAACCACAAGCGAGGUCCACUGCUGCAAUUUAAAUAUUCAUUGGUAUUAUAAGAGUUUUAAGUAAGCGCAUUAAAUUUAUACGCCUGGUCCCUUAAAUAUUCUCGAAAUAAUAAUAUUCUGUGAUAGUAGACGUGAUACCAUCUUUAUCAUUCUUGUAAAAUUAUAACUACUGCGUCAUUUAUCACUAACUAGAAAUACUUGAAACAACUCAAUUGAUGGAUUAUUGAUGGAAUUUUUUCAUAUCUAUUAAGACGCUUAAUUAAAACAUUAUUUGUUAAAGAAGAUAUUUUAAUGUCCAAUAAAUUAUGGUUGUUACUAACGUUCGUGGUAGAGGUUAUCAUUAUUAAAAAUACACGUCCCGCUAGUGCUACUCAAGUCAUAGUGGGGAGCGCUUGUUUUUCUUUUUUGUUUAAAUUAUCUCUAUGCUAUAUAUUUAUAUCUGCUUAUAUAUUAUCCUAUCAUUCACCUUAGGAAAUUAAUUGUUUUCUUUCAUAGUUAACAAGCAAGUUUUCCUGCGAAUACACGAGCUGAAAGAUCUUGUUUUGUUAUAGAAUAAGGUUUGUGAACGGUAUUAUAAGGUAUCUACACGGUCUGCUAUGCUGCUCGUGUGAGGAACGGACAAGACUGCUUGCAUGAUGUUUCGUUACUUUAGAGGUGUACUAUACAUUUAUAAUGCAUCCAAACAUAUAUUUAUGAUAUGAAACGCCUGAAAAGAAGAUAUAAUAGAAAAAAGACACAGUAAAAUGACCUAAGUCACACGAUGUGUCAUCAUAAGUAGAAGAAUGUACUUUUCUCGAUAUUCUUCUACUACCGCGAGCUGAUUAAAAUUAGUAAUUCUACUUAUAAAUAGCAGAUCAAAAAAAUUUACGUUAUAAGUCGCGCUGUCAUGUUCAAAUUUAUGCAAUAAUUCUGUUAUUAUAUCGAUUAAAUCUUAUAACCUUUAUAAAAAAUAAAAAUAACAAAGGAGUCCUACGAACGACGUUGAAACUAAAUAAUUUAUUAAUGUUCUAAUGUUGUUGUUGUAUAUAUUGGCGAUAAGGUCGCUUGGUUUGUAGGCUAUCGGAGAUUGCUCACUUCGUACAAGGGAUUCUUUAAUAAGUCCUCUAACGCUUCAUAUCUAUACAACGUUCUCGUACUUGUGUAUUUUAAUCUUUUCACAUAUAAAUCCAGAUUUAGCUUGCGAUUCCUAGUUAUAACAUCGUAUGUAACAUGUAUAACCCCACUAUUAGUCCCAUAUAUUGUAUAACUAUGUAUGUAUAUUUAAUUGGUUGUACAUAAUCAUGCGUGCGCCUGGGGUAAAAUAUUGUUAGCUAAGCACUGUGCUACAUAUCUACCUAUAUAACCUGUAUUUGAAGUUUUUCUAUCAUUAAUGGAUAUUCUAGCGUUAUUUCUAACACCGUUCGAAGUUGUUCACUUGUUUAUAAAUUGUUAUAGAUCUGUAUUCAUAUCUUUUAUCGCGACAUGUAUAACUACGUGUAUGGUUAUUUAUACGGGAUAAUAUAAAAUAUGUAUAUUAAUCGUACAGUCAUGUGUGCAUAAUUUAAUAUAAAGAGUUGUAUAUUACUUAUUAAUUAAUGAUGAAACACUAUACUGGAUAAAUCUCUAACAAUGUACCAAUGAAAUAUGCUGAGACAAAAUAAAUAAUACAAAUGCCGCUUCUUUA